CUUGACGCUGUGGUCAGUCAGGAGCUACAGCGAUGGGCCACAGUCGAUAUUUAUCCCAAACAAAUCAAACUAACGCCCGGGCUGAGCCGUUAGUGAUGGAUAAACCAUAGUUCCGGUGGUUUAUCCGGGUUUACGGUGUAUUUGUCGGUAGUUUAUGAAGCGAACGCGGUAGAGUUUAGCUAACUUAGCUGAAUUGUUCUUCCAGAGGGAGGAAGUUUGUGGUGGCGGAGGAAACAUUAGAGGAAACCGGGGAGGGCCGAACUAUCCCGUCAUGGAGGACUCCGGGUCGGCGGCCCUGGAGAAGAAUGUCGCUGACCUCACGGUGAUGGACGUGUACGACAUCGCCGCGGUGGUGGGGCAGGAGUUUGAGCGGAUCAUAGACCAGUACGGCUGCGAGGCUCUGUCCAGGCUCAUGCCCAAAGUGGUCCGGGUCCUGGAGAUCCUGGAGGUGAUGGUGAGCCGCAACAGCAUCGGGCCGGAGACCGAGGAGCUGCGGCUGGAGCUGGACAAGCUGCGGCUGGAGCGGAUAGACCGGCUGGAGAAGGAGAAGAAGCACAGAAAGGAGCUAGAGCUGGUGGAGGACGUGUGGAGAGGAGAAGCUCAGGACCUCCUCACCCAGAUCGCUCAGCUGCAGGAGGAGAACAAGUCCCUCCUCACCAACAUGUCCAACAAAGACCCCCUGAGUGAGGAGGACCUGCAGAGGCACGAGGGUAUGACAGAGAGAGAGAGGCAGGUGAUGAAGAGGCUUAAAGAAGUGGUGGACAAGCAGAGAGACGAGAUUCGAGCCAAGGACCGAGAGCUCACGCUGAAAAACGAGGACAUAGAAGCACUCCAGCAGCAGCAGUCUCGCCUCAUGAAAAUCAAUCAUGACCUGCGCCACAAAAUCUCCGUGGUGGAGGCUCAAGGGAAAGCACUGAUCGAACAGAAGGUGGAACUGGAGGCCGGGGCUCAGGCGCGGGGGCAGGAAGUCAGUGCCCUCCGGCAGGAAGUCGCGCGCUUAAAGGAACGACUUCAAGGAGACCUACCCGCCCAGAACCCUGAGGAACCCCCACCUCAGCCCCCAUCACCUGCAGAGCGUGGUAAAGCUGCUACAGUGGUGUUGGGGGCUGAGGGCUGGUCAGACACACCUGAUCCCUCUGAGCUGAUGUUGGGUGGGUUUGACCCUCCCCCGCCACACCCCCUGCCCAGUUCCCUCAGCCCAGAGGGACACGAGGACGGGGAUGAGGAGGACGAGGCGGUGUUGCUUUGGGAGGCGAUGUGCGAUGAGGACAUGCCUGCUGUGUUCCAAUAUUUUACAAAGGAGGCGCUGUGUGAGGAGGAGGCGGGAAGCCUGGAUCCAAAGGACCCCAACCGGCCCCGGUUCACCCUGCAGGAGCUGAGGGACGUCCUCCACGAGAGGAACGAGCUCAAGGCCAAAGUCUUCCUGCUGCAGGAGGAGCUGGCCUACUACAAAAGUGAUGAGAUAGAAGAUGAGAUCGUUAGUCCUUCUCCGUCUCCGUCACCUGAGCUGAGGACUCGCUCCCGUUCUUCUGCCCAGCCAGAGUCAGGAAUCAAGCGCCUGUUUAGUUUCUUCUCCCGAGACAAGCAGCGGAGCUCACAGCGGGGCGGGCACUUUAACACUGGCCUUGGCACGUGGACGGGGAAGGACGACGUGUACACAGAACAAGCCCAGGAGGCGUUACAGCACAUGUAGAGUCACCAGUCACUGGACAAAACUCUUAACACUCCCAUGUCCAUCACCCCGAGGCCGGCUUGUGAAGCGUCCAAUUGCACACCAAAACCACCACUAGUGACUCACACUGCGACUCAUAAGCUCGAGGUGAGACAGGAAGAAGAAACUCACCUUGAAUGAGGCUCCAGCUUAGAUAGAAGUUUAUUUAAACCCCUGAGCAUCAUACUGUAUUAUCUCCGUGAGUUAUGGCACAUACAGACUUUAAAGAUGUUAGAGAAUGUGUUGGAGGAGAGGGUAAACUCAAGUCGUAGGAUGGAGAGUGGAAAGUUGGUUAACGAUAUGUUCAGUGGGUGAAAGUGACGCCACAGAUGAAGGCUCGGGACACAGAAGUUUGCUGCAAAUCUCCUUUCUAAAACUCCGAUUAUGAAGUGUUUGCUUUUCCAUAAAGACUGAGGGAAUUACAGUAUAUAACAACCCCCAUAUUUAAAAAAGGCAAACUUGAAAACACACAAUCACUGCAGUAUUCUUAAAAUGAGAGCAACACUUUUGUGUCCCGUUAAUUUCUUUAAACUUCCUCUCCUUUGUUGACAUGAGCAACUCGUCGGUCCAUCACCAGCACUUACAGCAAAUUCAAACUUUGUAGCUCCUCAUACGUAAAGAGUACGGGGCUGUGCGUAUAACAUGCUGCAUAGAAUCACAAUAUAAAAGAUGUGUACAGAAAAAUAUAUUAACAACACUUACAAAUUCUUUUUUAUUUAAAAUAUAUACGUCAUCCCACAUGCAGUGAGUACGGAAGAUCAUUUCAGCUGAGAAAAGAAAAAUACAUGACGAGUUAUUUUGAUAAAAUAAAAAUAUUUUAUGUAAGUCAAAAUUGAGAUACUGUGUCAAAACUUUGAUUUUAUAUUAAGAAAUAGUGACUCACAAUUUUGACUUAGUAUCUAAACAUUUUAACUUCGUUUUGACUUCAUUUCUAAAAAAUUUGACCUAACUCAUUUUGAUCGAAUAACUUAUAUUUUUUUGAUUUAGCAUCUCAAAGUUUUUGAUUUAGCAUCUCAAAAUUUUGACUUAGUGUCUAAAGAUUUGACUUGAUAACUCAUCAUUUUGAAGUAAGUCAUAAAUUUGACUUGGUCUUCAAACAUUUUGACUUAACUGAUCAUUUUGACUCAGUAUCCAAACAUUUUGACUUAAUAACUCAUAGUUUUGACUUUGUAUCUAAAGAUUUUGAUUUAGCAACUCAAAAUUUACUUUGACUUAGUACCUAAAAACAAUGACUCAAUAACUCAUAAUUUUGAUUCAGUAUCUAAAAAUUUUGACUUAAUAACUCAUAGUUUUGACUCAGUAUCUAAAUAUUUGGACUUACUCAUAAUUUUGAGUUAGUAUCUAAAAAUUUUGACUUAAUACUUCAGAAUUUUACUUAGUAUCUAAACAUUUUGACUUAAGAACUAAUAAUUGGGAAUUACUAUCUAAAAAAUUGGACUUAAUAAGUCUUAAUUUGACUUAGUAUCUACACAUUUUUACUUAAAAACUCAUAAUUUUGAAGUUAGUCAUAAUUUUGACUGAGAAUCUAAAAUUUUUUUACUUAAUACCUCAUAAUUUUGACUUCGCAUCAGGACAUUGAUGUAAUAAUUCAUAGUUUUGAUUUCAGAAUUCAUCAUUUUUACCAAUCUUAUCAUUGACCUAAUAACUCAUACUUUGGAUUUCACAACUACAAACUUAGAUUUAAUAACUUUUGACUAAGUAUCAAAACAUUGACUUAGUAACUCAUAAUUUUUACUAAAUAUCUCAUAAUUUGUACCUACCAAAGUCUGUGUCAAACUAUGAUGACUUACUGAGAUUUUUAAUAUUAAUAAUAAUAGUAAGUCAUCAUAAUUUUGACCAUUGAUUUGUUUCAUCAUACAUUUUUUUUUUUUUAAUCGUUCCGUCUUGUUUUGGUAGAAAUGGUCUUCCAUAGAAAAUAUGUGCUUUUCUUUAACUCAUAGGUAAUUGUUCGCUCCAUGUUAACAGCAAUAGAUUCAGUUUGUGUGAAUUAAUCCUACCUAUCAUUCAGAGCCACAAAGUCUGUUUUUAAUCCAACAGUGCCAAAGUAUUUAUUGUUAUAAUGCAUUAAUUCAAACCUACAGUUUUAUAAUAAUAAUUCUCUAAGUGCUUUGACAAUAUUGUUAUUAUAACUUUCAUGUCAAUAAAGCAAAUUUGAAUUGAAUUGAAUUAAUAACAGCAAUCCCAGAAUCACCAGCUGAACCAAAGCAGGUCAUGACACAUAAACAGAUGUAGUAUAUUGAAAAACAAAAAAAUAUAUUACUCAGCAGCUUUUAAUCUUUAAUGUGCUCAGAUACCUCGUAACAUUUAAACACUCCGAAAACAAAAACAGCAGCGUCAGUAUUAAACUCCAGAAACAAGCUGCCUGUGUGAGACGUUACCUCCUGACUUAUUUUCUUUUCGUGAGAUUUGUGAAAAAUAAGUAAAAUAUAGAGUAAAAACAGCCUUACAACAACAUAUCUAACUUUUAGUGCACGUCACGUAAUAAACUAAAUUUAGGUUUGUUAAAAAGCUACUAGAAAUCAGUGUACACGCUGACUUGUGCUUUUAUGCAUCAUUUAUACAAGGCCUCAAAUAUAAACAGGUUUCAAAGCUAUAACGUUGAAUUGCACAGCAGACGUGUAAAUUCAUAAAGUUAAAUAUUCCUCAGAUUGUGUUCAUGAGACGUCUCAGAAGUAAGAAACAACAGAAAGUUGAUAAAGCUGAAGUUUGGUUUACAUUUUUUAUUUUUAAAAAAUGCUAAUCAUUGGUUGCUGCUUCUGCUUUUAUGGCUCGGCUUCACGUUUAACGCUGACUGACGUUUUCACCCUCUGAGAGCAGAGUGAAUAUCUGUGGUGUGAUUCGGGAGUGUUUUAAUAUUAGUGGCACUUCUUUAUCUUUAUUUAUGUUCACCCGGCGAGGUGGAAUAAAUGAAUGUAAACUGACAGGAACGCUCUGAUUUAUGAGCGUCAGAGCAGCUUCCCCUGUUUGACGUAUUACACAUGUGACGAAAUUAUCAUGUUAUAGAUUAUACCUUAAAGUCAAAGGGAUCUGCACAAUUUAGGCAUGAAAAAUAUGGAAGCCCAGAGGAGACUUUAUUAAAAUGAUAAUGUAAACUUGAAAAUUAAAAUGCAAUCCCACAAUUUUCCACAUUUGUCUGCGUUAUUUUAGUAAAAAUUAAAAUCAAAAUGCAAUAAUUCAAUUUGCAUUUUCAUUUUCACAUCUGCGUAUGGGCAUUCUGUGAGUGCAUUAAAAUGAAAAUGAAAAAAAAAGUUUGACAUUUAAGUUUUAAAGAUUUCACUGCUGUACAGUCAACAAUAUAUAAAUGUUAAAUUCAAUUUUAAAAAUUUAAAAUGCACUAUAAACAAUAUAACCGGAUUUUCUAUUUAUACGAUUCUAUUUGUAAAUAAUUUUUAUAACAAUUUGAAAAUAGUAUUGAUUAUAAAACUAACUGUAAGCAUAAUUUAUUAAGUAAUACAGAAAGUAAAUGGGUGAAAAACAAACCACAACAAUAAAGAUAAAAAACAACAAUAAAACGGUUCAGAGAUGUUGACAGUUAUCUGCCCUCAAGACUGCACUAAGGCAAAUUAAAUUAUAAAUUAAGAAUAAAAGAAUAAAAUAAUCUAAUGACAAUAUAAUAUAAGAACAUUAAUAAUUAAACAUGAUGAAAAUAAAACAGUGUGCUAAAAUUAAUACAAUAGAUAAAAAAUGAAAAUGGCAUUUGACAUUUAAUUUUCAUAAAGUUAACAUGCUGUACAGUCAGAUACACCUCUGAAAAUUACAUGUCAAAUAGCUUGUUCGUUUUCAUUUUAAUAUGGUCAUAGAACACCCAAACAAGAAUGUUGCUAAUUUAAGAUACAUAUGUAGAGAACUUUAAUGCUACUGUAGAGUCACGUUUUUUAAUUUUCAAGUUUGACAUUAUCAUUUAAACAACGUCCUUCAUGGGCCUCCAUACAAACUGAAGCAUUAAAAGGGAAAUCUGGUCCGAACAAGACGACGUGUCCGAAACACUCUGCAACUCCUCAGCUCAUUAUUUAAGUCAGUGUUGAUCCCCAUCUCUCGUGUGUUCCCUGAUCCAAAUGGGUAUUUAAAAGAUAUAAUGAAGGAAUCAGUGCUUUAUUAAAUGAGCUGGCUUUUAUUCAAACAUGUGUCGUCAAUAAUAAAACUUCUGUCAUGUUUGA